AAGUGAAUUAGCUCAUAUUACUUAAACUGUAUCACUAUGUUUACUGUAGUAGUUGUACUUUUUAAUGCUAUAGAACUGCUCUGCAGCAUACUGAGAACGGUUUAUUAUUUAUUCUACAAGAUAUGUCUUCCUACACAACACAUACCUCCUGAAACAUUAACAUGGAUUCCUACCAUGUGUUGGCUCCCGUGGGGCAAGGAUCAUUUGGUCGAGUUCAUAAAGGAAUGAAGAAGUUUACAGGCCAGGUGGUGGCUCUGAAGUUCAUGCCGAAGAUGGGGCGCUCAAAUAAAGAGCUGCAAAGUCUAAAGAAGGAAAUUGACAUCAUGACAAACCUUCAACAUCCAAACAUUGUGAAACUUUUUGACAGCUUUGAAACAGAAACAGAGGUGGUGGUUGUGACCGAGUAUGCUGAGGGUCAGUUGUUUCAGAUCAUUGAGGAUGAUGGCAGUUUACCAGAAAGUCAGGUUCGUGAGAUUGCCUGCCAGCUGGUGUCAGCUCUGUAUUAUUUGCACUCUCGUCGUAUUCUUCAUCGAGACAUGAAACCACAAAAUAUCCUCUUUGAUAAAAAUGGAGUGGUCAAACUGUGUGACUUUGGGUUUGCAAGGGCAAUGAGUGUUUCCACCAUGGUUCUGACUUCUAUCAAGGGAACACCACUAUACAUGUCCCCUGAAUUAGUGGCGGAGAUGCCUUACGACCACACUGCAGAUCUCUGGGCACUAGGCUGCAUUCUCUAUGAAAUCCACACAGGGACGCCUCCAUUUUGUGCCGAUUCCAUCUUCCACUUGGGGCAGCUUAUUGUGAGACGCCCAAUCAUGUGGCCAGACAAGAUGAGCUGCUCAUGCAUGAGUUUCCUGAAAGGUUUGUUGACCAAGGACCCUCAGAAGCGACUGUCAUGGCCGGACCUCCUGCAUCAUCCUUUUGUUGCUGAUGGUGUUCAAGUGAUGCCAGACACGAGCGACAUUUCCAGUCCUCUGACAGUCACGCUCGACCCCGAGAUGCUGGCACUGAAACUGAAACAAAUGGCAGAAAAGACACCAACAGAUUCAGGAGAGCGCAGAAUAUUUCGAAAAAUCAGAGAGCAACGAAACAAAAGCAAAAUGAAGAAAGAAAAGAAUGAAAGGUUAUCUGAACGUAUCCGUGGAGAGGAAGUAGUGCUUAUUAAAGAUACGUCCUUUCCUAUAGAUUUUUUCUCUGCAUAUUCACCUUUGACAUCAGCUCCUCUAAGCUGUGAGCCAAUGAACCACACAGUAGUUACAUCAAGUCAGCAAGAGAGAGGAGUGAUCAGCCAAGAUUAUGAACGAGAGUUUCCUUCAGUGGAGGUUGGGCCACGACUUCAGCGAAGGAGAAGCAAAAAGGACACUGAAGUCAGCGAGAAUACACUGACCUCCAUAACGGUUGACAGUGAGGUUUUCUUGGAGACACUUGUUCAAGAAUCAGAUCCGAGCGGAAAACACAAAGAAGUGUUAAACUACAGCAGCAUUGUAGCUGAAUUAAAAUACAGCAUCAUGGCGUUUAAGCAGCAGCCGAGUGAAGGUGAGCAAAAAAACGUAUGGUACAUUCGCCAUCCGCUGAAGGUCUUGCAGAACAUGAUUCUGACCUCUGACUUUAACGACGAGAGGAACCACCUUUACCGUGAACUUGGACUGCCUCAUCUCCUCUUUGAUUUAAUUCAAGACUCUGUGGGAAACUCCCGUUUCAUUCAGCAACCGUGGAGUCUGCAAGCACUUGGGGAAAUGAUUGUUGUUCUACUGAUCUACUGGCAGAAGAACCAUGACUGGUUGAAAGGAGAAAAGAGACCUGAAGAGUUCAUCAAGCCCUUCUUAAUGAUCCUUAAUCAAGCAGACCUCAAUCCUUUAGCCCCUCUGGCUGGCUGCGUUUUAUCUCUCUUUACUCGACACAAGGUUGUUGUCAACAUUGAUGUGGACAGGCUCAGCUUCUUGCUGAAAGAACUUGUCUGUGGCUCUCAUCAGCUCCUGCUUUCUCUCCCACCUGGAUGGGGACUCUGUGAUGGCCUCCUAUCUCUACUUCUGCACACACUCUCUAAGCAUGGAGACGACUGGGGGUCCUCAUGUUUGGAUCCAUGUACAUUCUAUUAUCUCUGGAAAAGGACUGGCACCUCAUUAGCCUGGACGACGCCAGACACGGACUUCUGUUCCACAAACGGGUUGUACUUUCUCAUGUCUGCCACACUCUUCUUCUUCUGCAAGGAUCCAUACUCAUAUAUAAUUCUGUUUUCUGAGAGCAGAUCAACAUUUGUAUACACUCUCGGCUGGCUGCUGAGCUCUGAAUGUCUUCCUUUGUUUGCUGAAGGCAAUCCUGUGAAAUUCAAGGAGGUUUUGAGUCACAAGAGUUUUAUUGAGCUGGGUUGCCAGUUUCUUUGCCUUCCAUUUGCUUUGGACCUGAAUUCACUCAUCAGUUCCAGGAUACUGCAGUUAUAUGACAGCUGUGGAGUUGUUAAAGGGCUCUUGCAGGUGAUUGAAACUCUUCCUCUCUCAUCAGUAGAGGUGCCACUUACACUACUACGCCGCCUGCUGCUGUGCGAUCGUCAACGUUGUGUUUCCCGCCUCUGUAAAACUUCCUGUGGCUUUUUCUCCACACCAGCAGUCACUACAUCUGGUCAGCAGAUGCCGACCAGAACCGCAAGUUCUCUGCUCUCUGAUUUGCUGCUGCUGGAUGAGCUGGGGGGCUCUGCAGUAGAGCUCCUGUCUCUCUUAUACCUCAUCACGCGUUUCUGCCCUCGUCCCGAUCGCUUCAAGCUUCACCUAGAACCCACCGUGCUGCACCGGGCCCUAGCUCACGCUUACGAUCCGAUCAGGGCUGCCGUAUGCAAAGUUUUAGGAAAUGUGUUCCCAUUCCGGUCUUCCACACUGCCCAAUUUGCAACCGAACAUUUUUAAAAGCAUGGUAGACCUUCUUGAAGAUGUUAGCGUGCAUGUGCGGCGUGCAGCUUGCUUGGCAGUUGGUAAAUGGUUGGGUUAUAUUGCAAUGGAGGCUGGGUUCAGCACCAGUACACAAAAUGGAAAUGUAGGCAACACUAAAAAGCCGUUAAAAGUCAAGGACAAUGAUGCAAACAAAGAUUUAAGCAAUGAAACAGAGGUUGCCAUGGUGACAAGGAAUGGAUCAGAUGAUGGCAAGAUGAGAAAAUGGCUAAAAGAAGCCAGAAUGACGGGGGCCAAACUGGCAUCACUGACCUCCGACCCUGAUGUCCACACUCGUUUCAAUGCCUGUGCAGCACUGAGAAACCUGGUGCAUGUUCAUGGCGCUGUGCCAGAGCUGAUGGAAGAGAAUGUGUCUAGAUUACUUCACAGAGCUGCAAGCACAGAUACCCACAAUGCAGUGAGAGAAGCUGCCAUAAACACUUUAAGCUUGUGCAGUCAGCAGGAUGCCAUUCCACAGGUAGUGAAUUAAACCAAGCGGUAGUCGUCUUUGGUCACAAAAGCUGCAAGUAAAUGGUUCAGUUUAUCUUAGGUUCUCUGUUAUGAUACAUCACUUACUAUUAUUUCUUUCUGGAUGAUUGCUUACAUUUUAAAGUAUUUGAUGAUCCCUCAAUGCAAGCAAGAAAAUAUUCAGGCUUUCCAUUUCUAUCAUGCACACUCGCUGCACAAGUAUUGUUUGCUGCAUUGUGACAUCUGUUUUUAUAAAAAUCAAAAACUUGGCAAUAUAUUUUGUACCGUGCCAUAUCUUAAUUAGCCUACAAUUUAUAGUGGACAAUAUAAGCAAUAAACACUAACACAAUAGACCUUAAUUGUAACAGAUUAUAUUUUUGACAUAAUUGAUGGACAGAGGCACACAGUGACACAUUUAAUAUAUAAUGUAUUUUGGUGUAUCCAUGAAGUAGGCACCUCCAGCUAUAGGAGCCUAUAGUUUGUCCAUAUUUAAAACAAUAUAAGCAAUUAGUCUACACCAGGGGUGUACAAACACAGCAAGGGCCGCAUUUGGUAAAAUAGGAUGCGGAGGCCACCUUUAUGUAUUUGUACAUUAAAGUUGCUAAAAGCAAAAUGUACAUAAACCAAAACCAGUGAAGUUGGCACGUUGGGUAAAUCGUAAAUAAAAACAGUACAAUGAUUUGCAAAUCCUUUUCAACCUAUAUUCAAUUGACUACACUGCAAAGACAAGAUACUUAACAUUCAAACUGGUAAACUGUUAUUUUUUGAAAAUAUUAGCUCAUUUGGAAUUUGAUGCCUGCAACAUGUUUCAAAAAAGCUGGCACAAGUGGCAAAAGAAAAGAUAUCACCACGAGGGCUCAGGAACACUUCAAAAAACCACUGUCAGUAACUACAGUUUGUCGCUACUGUGAUGGUAUGGGUGUGUAUUAGUGCCCAAGGCAUGGGUAACUUAAUGCUGAAAGGUACCUACAGGUUUUAGAGCAACAUGUUGCCAUCCAGGGAACGUCUUUUUCAUGGACGCCCCUGCUUAUUUCAACAAGACAAUGCCAACCCACAUUCUGCACGUGUUACAACAGCGUGGCUUCGUAGUAAAAGAGUGCGGGUACUAGACUGGCCUGCCUGUAUUCCAGACCUAUCUCCCAUUGAAAAUGUGUGGCGCAUUAUGAAGCGUAAAAUACGACAACGGAGACACCGGACUGUUGAACAACUUAAGCUGUACAUCAAGCAAGAAUGAGAGAAAGAAUUCCACCUGAAAAGCUUCAAAAAUUGGUGUGUUCCCAAACGUUUACUGAGUGUUGUUAAAAGGAAAGGCCAUGUAACACAGUGGUAAAAAUGCCACUGUGCCAACGUUUUUGCAAUGUGUUGCUGCCAUUAAAUUCUAAGUUAAUGAUUAUUUGCAAAAAAACGUUCUCAGUUCGAACAUUAAAUAUCUUGUCUUUGCAGUCUAUUGAAUUGAAUACAAGUUGAAAAGGAUUUGCAAAUAAUUGUAUUCUGUUUUUAUUUACGAUUUACACAACGUGCCAACUUCACUGGUUUUGUAUGUCAAUAUAUGCCAAGCUAGCUGUACAAAACGUCCAUGUUAGCUUUGUGCUAUAGGUGACAAGGAAAUCAGUGUAAUAACUAGGGCUGUCAAAAAUAACGGGUUAACGCAUGCGAUUAAUGACAAAAAAAAUGUUGAAUUAAUCACGUAUAUACACGGAUCAAUCACACAAUUUUGUUACAGUAGCAAUACAAUUGCAUUAUGACUAAGUAUUGGGGUUGUUUUAUAAUUAAAAUGUGCAGGAAAUGGAUGGAUGUUUAAGGUGAUUGAAAUUACGCAAGCGAGUUAUAUAACUAAUAAGCCUUGUAUCAUGAUUAAUUAAUCCAAACACAAAAGUGUGAUUAAUAAUUUUAUGGUUUGACAUGAUUAAUAACAUCUCGAUAUUAUAUUUAUUUUAUUUAUUUAUUUUUGCGAUCACCUGAGGGCCAAUAAAAAAGGAGCUGAGAAAUUGGCCCCCGGUCUGCACUUUGGACAUCCCUUGUCUAUAUAACACAACAUGAUAAAACUUUAAUUUGCUGUAACAUAUCAUAUUCAGAUAGAUGCAUGCACUUGCGCAGAUAACACAUUUAACAUUUUCUAAAUAAAAUGUUGCUACAUCCAGAAAGUCCAGAAAGUAGGUAGGUCCAGCUCGCAACCUUGUUUGUUUGGGGUUGCUUGCCUGUUGCUGGGAACGCGCCAGUUGUUGCUAAUCUCAGGACCCCGUAAUAUAGCUGCCCAUAGGAAAGCCAGUUGGUCUCGACGAUAUAAUUAAAUGUUCUCCGUGAUAUUUCACUCUGAAUGUAAUCUAACUGCGACAUUUUAAUAAACAAUUGUAACCUCCUAUCAUUUUUUUU